AGAUGGUUAGCCUCAAAGCUAGCCUGUUGUCUGGAAUGGAGUCCAUACUGGCUGACAGUCUCUAUCAUUUACCACUGAUAAAUGUUGGUACAGUCAUAGUCAAAGGCUGUCUUCUUCAAAAAUCCAUCAGUAUAUCUUACUUUUGAAACAUUUAGCUGCAAGCAUGAAUUAUUGCACCAAUGGAUCAACUGGUCUAAAACUGGAUUCUGGCCUUGGUCUCUGGCUGGGAUCUUUCUGUUUGGAGUUUGUCUGUUCUCCUCAUGCUUACUGUAUGUGAGUUUUCUCUGCUACUCUGGUUUAACCCCAGAGCCAGACAUGAAUGAGUGUUCAGAUAAAUGUCCAUUUCAAUUCACUGUGUGUAAGUCUGCGGCUGCCUCGUUGUGCCCUGCCUUGUGUGUGUGUGAUGGAGUAGCAACCUGUGUAUCCCUGGUUCAUCUCGUCUCUCACCCUCUUAUUGUGGGAGGUACUAUCAUGGUCUCUGAAAGGAGUUGGAUGGAUUAAGUUGGCAUGAUCUUAUUAAAACCUUCUGUCUUUUUUCUGUAGGUAUAUGUAUGGAAACACUGCGGGACACGGGUAUAGCUGAAUACUUCAGUCCUGAUGAUUUAAAAAAUGGCACGAUCGUUUGUAGAAGCAGAUGUGACCAAGAACGUACUGACGCUUUAAAGUGCCAUAAUAAGGGGACCUGCAACAUCUUCAAAGGGUUGGGAGAGAUCUGCAUAUGUGACAAAGUGAACGACAACUGGUACUUGGGAGAGAAUUGUAACCUCCCCAUACAGAAAGUUCCGUUUUAUGCAGGGCUAAGUGUGACCCUUGCUGCCCUGCUGGUUGCUGUGGUAACCCUGGUUGCAUAUGCUGUUGUCAACAAACGCAAACACACACAAAAGAAAGAUGUGAAGCAGAAAUUGGUGAACCAGUGGCUGGAUGAUGACUAUGAGUGGUCCAGAGCUGCAAGCCCAAUAGGCAAACCUGGAGCAAAAAAUGGAUCAGUUAUGUACGGGAACCAGCAGGCGCCCUUCACAUAUGGCAGCAAUCUGUCCAACCCAUCACAACGCAUGUUUUCACUGCCGCAGAACCUGCACCCAUAUGACUCGUCCUUUUCUAAUCCUGGAUAUGGCAAGCCUGCCAUGUCACCCUCACCCUACACGGAUUUCCGGUUCAAUCUGCCGAUGAGGAUUCUCAGGCCGGAGACCCGGGAAUCCUUAGAUGUCUAGGAUCAGCAUUGAUUGAUGAAGAAACUCCUACGUGAUUCUGUUUAUUUAUGUGUCUCUGUGGGUGUUUAGAUGGUAGAUUUUAGAUGUUUCUUCUAUAAACUCUUGUUUAGAGUUAAGUCUUUGUUGUUGUUGUUGAAAAGAUGAUAGAUAUUUAAGCUCCCAUACCUGAAAUCCCAAACUUAUUUAACCUGUACAUCUCAAAACUGAAUUAAUUGGUUUUUGUACCUUGGCAAAGGAAAUCUCACCAAAAAAAAUUGUUACUACAGAAACUGGAACAUGUUUGACUAAUCAGCCAGUUUAAUGCUAACAAAGCCUUUGAACAAAGCAAGCAUCUGAUCAGACAAAAGCAACAAAUCACUGAAGAUCUUGGAACUUGUUUCCAGUCUGCAGACCCGUUCUAAUACAGAUACACACAAUAUCACAGAUGUGUGAUAUUGUGUGCAGCCAAUGUUAGAAAAAGCACACUACUAAGUAUUAUUUCAGAAGAUGAGAAUGAAUAAGGUUCUUAUGCUUUAUGAUGUAUAUUAAACUGUAUAUGUUCACUUAUUUAAUGAGCAAAGUUCAUUCAGAAUCAGUGUUGAUGUGUUGGACCCACACCACAGGGUGCUGUGAACGUCCUCCAUAUAAUUAGGUUGUUAACAGGAUCCUGGGUUUGUCCUUUAGUCCCAAGUUAUUCUUUAUUAUGUUUAGAUCAGCCUUUUACCUGUUUUACUUUAGUUCGGUCUGUUCUUAGUUAUUUUACCCAAAUGGUGUUAUUAAUUUAUUGUGCUUAGUUAUUCUUUGUCUCACUGAGAUUCAUAUUUUAAAGCUCCACUAUUUGUGUUUUCCUCCUCUGUGCCAUUUCCCUCACAGUUGCAGUCAGUCACCAAACUCUCCCAAUAUUUAACCACUGCUCUUUCUUCCAGGACUUGUUCAUACACAGCCAGAUGUCUGAUAAACUCAAUAGACUUUUAUGCGAUUUGACCUUGCAUUAACAUGUAACUUACAUUUAAUAUCACAAAAACUGUUAAUAAAACCUCAAAAGUGAA